UGUCUUUUGUCUGCCUUUCCCUCUGAAGCCUCUCAGAAGAAGGAGAAAAGUGAAGAGAUGAACAAGCUAAACUCCAGCACAGAGAGGACACAAUGCCAGACAUGUGAUGUUUAAGGUGGUAGGAGACACAAACUAAAAACCACAUGAAGCUGAAAACAGACUUAUGUUAAGAACAAUGGAUACCCAAAAAGAGAACGGCAUCUCUCCAAAAGAGAAGGGGAGCCAAAGAAGACCACCCUCCUAUUCUGUAGAGACACCCUAUGGAUUCCAUCUGGACCUGGACUUUCUCAAGUAUGUCGAUGACAUUGAGAAAGGCAACACUAUUAGGAGGGUGCCAAUGCAGAGAAGGCAAAGAGGACGAAAUAAUGGCAUCCUGUCACGUAACUUAAGCCUUCCAGGUUAUGGAUGCAGAGCUACAGAGUGGAACUCAGUAAGCACUUUAUGGCCCAAAACCAAACUGGGAGACUCUCAACAACAUUUCGAGUUUCGAUCUAGUGACAGUGUGCCUGCUGGCUACGCCAGGAGGAGAGAACCCAUCUAUAAGUCCUUCACAUCUGCAGAGAUGGAGGCUUUUGAUGAGCAGCCCUUAGGACGUUACGUCAGGCCAAAUCUCUUGAGAGCCUCCAGUUUACCCUUGACCGUUUUAUUGAGAAAACACUCUGAGUCAACCGAGGAUCCAACCAGCCCCAGCAGCCCCAAGGAAUAUCUAAUGCAGGAAAACGGCUCUUCUGAAGAUGUAUUCCAUGCCUCCAACAGCAGGAUAGGUAGAGCAAACGGGACGCUCCAGCGGCUCACUGCAGCUCUUGAACGAGUUGGGGAAUUGCAAGAGGAGAUCAGAGUCGUUCCUGAGCUCAAGGCGCAGAUAUGUAUUUUGCAGGAGGAGCGAGAGAGACUUUUACUCCAAUUACAUUCUCAAAACAAAACCACCGGGCCACUGGAUGUACCUACUGCUCCUCUAUACAUUAAGAACUGGGACACUCCUUCUUCUACCAGAAAAAAUCAAGACAAAGCAAGUCAUGACUGGAUGAACCGAGAAUAUGACCGGCUAGAGGAAAAUGUCAAGGCUUCUUCUGAACAAGUUGAAGCAGUUGCAAUGACUUUAACUACUGAAAGAAUUCUUCCAGAGAUUGAAAGAUGUAAGACGGUCUCACGAGAAAGAGAUCUUUUGGAAAAUGGAGACAAAACUAAGUCUCUCACUGAAACUCUCCAGAGAAAAUUUGUUUUGCUGGAACAGACACUUCAUGUACUGGAGGUAGAGCUGGACAGGACAAGAGCUUUGCUGAAGCAGCAAGUAAAGGAGAGUCUUCUCAAGGAUGAGAAGAUCAAGCAGUUGACCAUACAGCUUGAAAUGGGGCACACACUGGCCAAGGUGAUUUCAUCUGAGAGCUCCUUAGUAAGUACACAAAGUCUUGAACCUGUGGUAGAACUGCAGGAAACACUGAUAAGUGGGAAAGAGAUGCCAACAGAGGAGGCAACUGCCCCUCAUGUUCUGGAUCAACCUCCAGUAUCAAAUGCAGACAUGGAGCACCAUGUGAAAAGAUUACAAGAGCUCCUUCAGGAGCAAUGGGAAUGCCUUUGUGAACACGACUCAUCAGGGAAAAUGUCUUCAGACCUCUUGUCUCCACGUGUCUGCACUAUUCAAGAGCAGUUAACAACUUUAGUCACCCUUCUUACCCUCUAUGUGUUUCCUACUGGUGAUGCUUCACAACCAGACUAUAAAAUGAUGGAAAUUCUUCUUGACGUAGGAGAGAACCCCAAGACAGAACAUUUGAAGACAAUCAGCAUAAGAGACAGUGGGAGCGUGGAGACAGAGGGAAUAAGUACUGCUAUCAAACUACAAGAGCAUGCAGAAGUGGAUGUUGGCCUCAAGAAGAAUACAACUAAAGAAGAAGGCAAACUAUGGACCACAUGGACAACAGAUUCCAGCAUACAAACAUGCAAAAGUAAAAAUGCAGAAUUCAAUCCAAAAGAAGAUGCCAUAGAUGUAGAGACCACACAACAAGAAAAUAUGCACAAGCAAACAAGUCAGGCAAGAGCUCUAGAGGAUCAGACAGAGGAAGAGGGGAAGGAUUGCAUUUCUUUGAGCGUGGACUUGGAUCAGAAAUCUCUGGCAAUGAAGGAAAACAGGGAAGCUGUUGAUAAAGAUUUCAUAGAGGCAUGCUAUUUCCUGAGAGACCACAUGGAUAAAGUGUCAGAACCUGAUAAUGAACUGAGCCAGGCUCUCACUGUGGUGUUCCAGCAGUGGUUUCACAUCUCUGCUGAGGAGGGAGCAUGUGCCGACAUUGUUGCUUUGUAUCUCAAUGAGGUUAACUCACAAACACCUACAGUCCUUCAGUUCCUGGUCAACAUGGCGGAUGAUAAUGGGAACACAGCCUUGCAUUAUAGUGUGUCUCACUGUAACUUCAGCAUCGUUAAGCUACUUUUAGACACAGGUGUAUGUGAAGUGGACCUGAGAAACAAGUCUGGCUACACCACUAUCAUGCUGGCCUCCUUGACAGCUGUAGAAUCACCAGGAGACAUGAAAGUGGUCCAGCAGCUGAUGGAGCUUGGUGACGUUACCGCCUGUGUUGGGCAGGUGGGACAAACGGCUCUUCACUUGGCAGUAAGACAUGGAUGUGUCCCAAUGGUGCGUCUCCUGCUAGAACAGGGAGCGGAUCCUAAUGUCCAGGAUCGUGCAGGAACCACUCCACUGAUCAGCGCCUGUGAUCGGGGACACAUCAACAUUGUGCGAAUUUUGUUACAGGAAACGAACUGCGACGUCAAUUUAAAAGACAAGGGUGGUCGCAGUGCGUUAUCUCUGGCGACAAAGGCCUCUCACACAGAGAUAGCAGACCUCCUGAAAGCCCGCACAGAAACCAAGAGCUCAGACAAAUGCAAGAAGACAAACAACAACAGGAAAGUGAAUGUACUGUAAGUAGGUGGCACGGCAAACCCGUUCAGCAUGCAACAACUCCAAUAACAGAAACAGAUGUGUGAAACUGUGACAUUUCAUAAAUUACCACUGGUUUACGCCUAGCGAAACGCAGCUCGGUGUGAACCACAAGAGACCCCGUGGUGCAACGUUCUCGCGCUGACCCUCGUAACAUCUAUUCCAACUUGGUGUGAUUGCACUAGGGUUUGCUCCACUAACAGGGUACUCUGCCAAUUUCAGUGUCUUGCCAAGUUGUAGCUGCAGUGCGGUGGAGCCCCACAGAGACCCGUCCGCAGCCUCACCAGACAGUCGUGUCAUUUCAAGGACAAUGGCUUUUCAUUUGCAUGCGAGUGAUGAAUAU